AUGGAUUUGGGGUGGAAUUUAUCCGACAGGCCACAAACGAAGACAGUUUUGGAGAAAGCGUUUAAAAGGAAGAGAUCGAAACCGAAAUCCAAAGUGAAUCGUGCCUAUUUAAUUAAAAAAUCCCUCCAAAAAGCUCGUGAUUAUUUGCCGUCGUGUGAUUGCUCAUGUUUGUGUUUAAAGGAAUAUAUUAUGAGGAUAUUUCCAUUUAUUAAAAUCAUGCAAGGUUAUAGUUUACUGUAUGAUUUCCCCUGUGAUUUAGUGGCUGGAUUAACUGUGGGCAUCAUGCAUAUUCCUCAAGGAAUGGCCUAUGCUCUGUUGACGCAGCUUCCUCCAGUAUAUGGUCUCUACACUUCGUUUUAUCCUGUUGUUAUUUACUUCUUAUUUGGUACUUCUAGACACGUUUCUGUUGGAACGUUUGCUGUGGUCAGUCUAAUGGUAGGAGCAGUCGUAGAUAAAGCAAAUAUGACGUCAUCACAUCCUGCUUUGAACUCCACGUUCUUAGACGGUAAAAACCACAUAGAGAAACUAGAUGAAAUUAAGGUAGCCUACGCCAUGUCCGUCACUUUCGCCGUGGGAGCUCUUCAGUUGAUCCUAGGAUUUCUGAGAUUAGGUUUCGUGACAACGUUUCUAUCAGAUCCCCUGAUUAGCGGGUUUACUACUGGUGCUGCCGUCCAUGUGUUUUCCAGUCAGAUUAAAUCAGCGUUUGGUAUCACUGUCGGUCGUUACAGUGGUCCUCUUAAACUUAUAUAUGCUUAUAGAGAUUUCUUUGCGAACCUUCAUACAGCUAAUAUGGUAACGAUGACAGCGACUAUUGUGGCUAUUUUAGCUUUGAUUGCUAUAAAAGAAGGUAUUAAUAACAAUAGGUCAUUGAAAAAUAAAUUAAAGAUUCCUGUUCCUAUCGAAUUACUCGUGAUUGUUGGUGCUACAGCGUUAUCAUUUUACCUUCACCUGAAUCGAGAAUUUAACGUAGAGAUAGUAGGAGAGGUGCCACGGGGAUUGCCUCCACUCAAUAUUGAUAAUCUAAAAUAUGUUCCUGAUUUAAUCGGAGAAUCAUUUGCUAUUUGCUUCACGGCGUUUGCUAUUUCAUUUGCAAUGGCUAAAAUACUGGGGGAUAAACACAACUAUGAAGUUGACGCUAACCAGGAAUUGGUAGCGUUUGGUAUUUCUAAUAUGUUCGGUUCCAUGUUCUCGUCAUUCUGUAGCUCGGCCUCGCUAUCUAGAAGUAUGGUACAAGAUAAUGUCGGUGGUAGAACACAGGUAACAAGUCUGGUAUCAAGUUUUUUAGUUAUUAUAGUGUUAGUUUCACUCGGUCCUGUAUUUAAAUAUCUACCCAAUUGUAUCCUAGCUGCUAUUAUUAUCGUCUCUCUGAAAGGUUUAUUUCUUCAAUUUACCGAACUGAAAAGAUUGUGGCGAGUUUCAAAAGUGGAUUUUAGUGUGUGGGUUGUAGUGUUUUUAAGUACAGUAUUACUAGAUGUUGACCUGGGUUUAUUAGUUGGUCUUAUAUUCAAUUUAAUCCCAGUUUUAUUAAGAACACAAACGCCAUAUACCAGCUUAUUAGGAAAUGUAGAAGGAACUGAUGUUUAUGCUGAUAUCAGUCUACAUAGAGAGGCUAAAGAAAUUCCAGGGGUCAAGAUAUUCCGCUUUGAAUCAGCUCUGUACUAUGGAAACGCAGAACAUUUCCGUAAGAAGUUGAUCAAGGAUACGGGAUUGGAACCAAAAGAAUUGAAAAGAAUAAAACAGAUAAAACAUGACGAAGAUAUGGCUAGAAAACACAACGACGUGAGUAAUUAUUUAUAA